GGUGUUUCGCAAUCACUUCGUUUUGGCCUCUGCGGCCACCGUCGUCCUCAGCUUGUCAUCUGUCAUGGCAACCUCCAGCGGCGGCAUGGCGUCCUCCGAGGCUCUGCGUUAUGCCGAAUAUAGGAAGGGGAGCACGGUUACUUCUGGUGCUGACAUCGACCGGAGGCUGGGUGGAACUAUGAUUGCGGUGGGACUCGGAGUUGCAGCAGCAGCUUUUGCAGGUCGCUUCGCUUUCCAGCUGUGGAAACCUUUGGGUCAAGUUAUCAUGGAAAACGCGAACAAAAUCUCUACUCCAACCCUUUCUUAUUACUACAGAGGAGGAUUUGAGCAGAAAAUGAGUAGGCGAGAAGCAAGCCUUAUUUUGGGUGUCAGUCCAUCUGCUAGCAAAUCCAAGAUCCGCAUGGCACAUAGGAAAAUUAUGAUUUUAAAUCAUCCAGAUAAAGGUGGAUCGUCUUAUAUAGCCAUGAAAAUAAAUGAAGCAAAGGACUUACUGGAGUCUAGUGCAAAACAAUGACAUAAGCGAGAUGAAUAAUUAAUUUGUAUUAAACUCUUUGCUGCCAGGAAAGAUAGCACGCUGCCAGUGUCUGCCUACCUGUUAGCAAGAUUUUUAAUGUUAUUUUCUAAUUAUGUUAUUUAUACGGUUCUUAUUUUACUAUAACAACUAGAAGAUUAUGCAAAGACAAAGCUACAACCUGACAUGGCAGUUAGGAUGGUAACCAGAAUACCAGUGAAAGGAAUGACCCGCAUUACAUGGAUGCACAUUAAAUUUGUAUGUAUGGACUAAAUUAGACGUUUCUGCCAAUUUUUCUCUGUAUGCCCAGUCAAAUAGACUGCUGUAACCUUGGCAAGCUCACAAGAGCAGGAGAUGUAAAAAUGUCAUCACAUUCUGUGCCUAGCUCCCAGCUGUUCAUAUAAAGGGCCAUCAGUUGGCUUUACAAUCCUCUCUCUCUUUGGACCUUCGUCUUCAUGCAUUGGAUGCAGAGCACGUCCAUGUAAUGUGGGAAAAAAACUAAGUAUGUAAUAAACUGUACUCGCUGCCAGCUUCUCCCUGCAAUCAUCAGCUACUCACAGAAAAGAAUGAAAAAACUUGUGCAUUUGCCACAAACAAAUUCAACAGGAGGGGACAAUCUAUUUGUAAUAUUUAAAGCAAAAUGUCAGAGCUGGCAAAUGUAAAUUGUAUGUGUAGCAAAUUAGAAGUGACUUUCUGUAGGACUCAUUUAGGACUCCCUGAGCUUUUAAUAAGCUGUAAGUUAAAAAAAUAAAAAAUCUGUCUGUGUGAGUGGGCAAAAAGACGACGCCUGGCUUCAUUAUGAAUUUUCAGUUCUGGCUGGGAGCUGGGAGAUGCAUAAUAUUCAAAAACAAAUUACAGAACACACUUACUGUGUUAAUGGAAUAUGCAUUUAGUGACCCACAAUAGCUUUGUUAUGUGGAUUGUAUUGUGAGGUCAAUGAGCCAUGUGAUAUAUUGUGCAUCUAGUGACCUAUAAAAGUAAGCAUGGUGCAAUAGGUGUUCUCUAUAGAAGGCUUAAACGUUAUGUUUUCUGCUAUUUUAUUUCAAUCUUC